AUAUUCCCUCAACGGCUGGUGCUAAAAGGGCUUCACAGUUCAACCUGCGCAGGCGAUAGGUUUCCAUACUCUAUACGUUCUGUCAAGGUGUUCUAAGUAUUCUAAAGCGCUGUGCAUACACAUGGCACUCUGACGAUAAUAUAGCGUCAUUGAAGACUUCCUUUUUCAAGUUCAACUUGAUCCAGUUGUUUGAUUCGAAAGCAGUGACGUAAGAGAAAAUUGCAGCAGACAUGAACAUCGACUCAUUGGCCGCGCGAUCAACGUACUCAGUAUCUCUCCUCUUCUGCACCAUCCUUCUUGGGACCGCCGACCAACUCGUCAUCGUGGAAGAUACGACCAGUCUUCCUUGCUCGGCGAACAACUUCAAGUGCGCCGGAGCUGACGUGUGCGUCCCAAUCUCGCUGCUUUGCGAUGGUAAAGCGGACUGCUCCGACGGCUCGGACGAAGAUAACUGCGUGGCAAGACGAAACUGCUCAGCGAUCGAAUUCCGGUGCACGAGCGGCGGCCAGUGCGUCUCGAGCUGGAGGCGAUGCGACGGCCAUUACGACUGCGCCGACCAGUCGGACGAGGCCUCCUGCGCAGCAGAGACGUGCCACCCCGAUCAGUUUCAGUGCAAGAACCACACCGGAGCGUGCAUACCCUCCGGGUGGGUGUGCGACGGAGUCGAAGACUGCGCCGAUGGCUCUGACGAAGAUGAGUGCCAGUACACCUCCUCCUGCUCCGAUGACGUCAUGUUCCGGUGCGGCAACGGCCUCUGUGUCUCUAAGGGGUGGAGGUGCGACGGAGAAGUCGACUGCGACGACCGCUCGGACGAGACCAACUGUCCACGUGGGACAUGCUCUUCGAAGAAGUUCGAGUGCGAAACCGGUCAGUGCAUACGGAGAGAGUUGCUCUGCAACGGUCACCCCGACUGCCUAGACGGAUCUGACGAAGACGCGUCCACCGUAUGCGCCCCCGCGUCGUGUCCAGUCGGUGAGUUCCAGUGCGGUCCCGUUCGCAGUCGUUGCGUACCCGAGGAGUACCGGUGCGACGGUUACCCGCAAUGCGCCGACGGGUCGGACGAAAAGGACUGCCCUGGCUUGACCUGGAACGUAACGGACUUUUUCUGCGAGAACGACCAGCGGGUUCCGCUGUUGGUACGCUGCGACGGAAACUUCGACUGCGACGACGGGUCCGACGAAAGCGUCCAAGUAUGUUACAUGAUGCAGACGUGCCCUGGCAACAAGUCUCGGUGCGAUUCGCCCGAAGGUUCCUGCGUUCCGCUCGACGUCGUGUGCGACGGUUACGAAGACUGCGUCGGAGGAUCGGACGAGAGAAACUGCGAAGGUGUCACGUGUUCGUUCCAAGGUGAGUUCACGUGCAAGAGCGGUCAGUGCGUGCCGAAGACGUCGGUGUGUGACGGUUACCUGGACUGCGAGGACGGGUCCGACGAACACCGCACCAUCUGCGCGCUGAAGUGCGCUGAGGGCGAGUUCUCUUGCAAGAACCCCCGCGGAACUUGCGUUCCUAGCGAGUACCGCUGCGACGGCGGCAUGGACUGCGAAGACGAGUCAGACGAAAUAGGAUGUUGAGGCGGAGGACUCUGUAUGGUCUGAAACACACUUUUCUAGAGCUGUUAGUCGUCUGCUUCAGACGCCGCUUUUCGUUUGCAAAAACACGCAGAGACCAACGCCGCAAUCAUACCAAGCAUUCAUACCGCGUGCUGGGUUCUUGUGCUACAAUUCAAGCAUGAACAGAAACUUGUAGCUAAUUCGAAGUACACAGCUGCGGACGGCGCCAGCGUCCACAGCCACGCGCUCGACCUCACUAAGCAAGUGU